AUUUUGCAUUCAAUUCAGGUUAUUAAUCAAACAAUUAUUAUUUUACCAAAACCUCAAACAUGAUUGACUUUGGCUACUGGAAAGCACUAGCAAGUGCACAAUACCAUCGAAUGAAAGAUGGUUACAAGGAAAUGUUUUAUUUCACUUUGGACGACGACCAAUUGAAAAGGGAUGCAAAACUUCCACCAAGGCCUCGGAAAUGUUUUGAAUGCGAAGCGAUAGCAUGUGGGUUUUUCUACAGUGUAUCGGUUUACUUAUAUUACUUGGCAAGAAUGGGGAGAAUCAACUUUCCAUCUGGAAUGGUAAUGGUCAGUAUUUUUGCAGCUGGUGGAACUGCAGUCCUGAUUGAUCCAAGACCUUUUGUGAAAAAAGGACCUUCACUAGUAGAAUCUGAUUCAAAUGAAGGCGGGAACACUAUACUAAAUAAAGAGGAUUAGAAGAGCGUCCUAUGGAGUGCUCUCUUUUACGUUCAAAAAUGGGUCAAAUACCUCUUCUGUUCAGUUUGUUUGAAGUAAUAGAUGUGAAUAGAAAGAAGAAAAUGCUUCCAAUAAGUGGUGGAUAACAAACAUUAAGAUAACUUUACUGUGAAUAAAAAAGACAGUGAAAUCAUUGACUAUGAAUUAUUACAACUAAAUCGUUAUUUAAAGGCAUUAGUAUUGACUUGUCUCAGCUUUAUCAACUGUUUCUCUUUCCCAACUGUACAAAUUUUUAUGCCUUAUUCAUGUCUACAUCACUACAUGCCUCUGUAAUAAUAAAAGUACUGCCAAUAUGUGCGCGGUACCACCGCCUUACAAAGUUUGACAACAAAGAAAACGCACUGGCAUCUGUUGAGCACGAGUCGAAUGCACACACGGCCUCUGGCACUUAUUAAAUAAUUCAUGGGUCGGCAAAGCAGCUGGAUGCACUUUUUAUUUCAAUUUUGAAAAUGAAAAGUGACUUUUUUUUGCAUCGUGAUAAAUUUAAACAAAUUACGAAUCUCUCAAUUUUAUAUGAAAGCCAUUUCAGUAUUAAAGAUUGCCAGAUAAUUUUAAAAAGCGGUUACGAACAUUUGGCGCCAAUUUUGCACUAGUCAUACUAUCCCAAUAUUGCUGAAUAUUGAUUAGGCCUAUUCAUAUUAUCGAAAACCAAAUGUACAGAACUCUUAUAUUCCGAAAUAGAGUGCGCAGCAGUCUCUUAAAAGGCAAAGAAUGCACGAGGUAAAAUGUGUUCGCAAACUUUUAUGAAAUAAAAUACACAUCGACCGUCAUUCGGUUUGUUUUAGGAUGCUUCGAAAAAAUCCUUAAAUAUUAAAUCUGGAAUCCAAGUCGUUUA